AUGGGUCUCAUGUACCCGGUUGGCGGCGCGGCCGCUUUUCUCGCAGUUGUUGGGCUUUACAUGCUCUUUAACAGCGAGGGUGAAGUCUUCAACGUCGGACUAUUUCUUGAGACGGUUUCUCCUUAUACCUUUGCUAGUAUAGGUAUUGGCCUCUGUAUCGGUCUAUCAGUCGUGGGAGCAGCAUGGGGAAUAUUCAUCACCGGCUCCUCAAUCGUAGGCGGCGCAGUCAAGGCCCCAAGAAUACGAACAAAAAAUUUAAUCUCCAUCAUUUUCUGCGAAGUUGUCGCCAUUUACGGUGUUAUUAUGUCGAUUGUCUUUUCGUCAAAAGUCACCUACAUCGCUGCCGAUGAGCUCCAUUCCGGGAGUAACCUGUACACUGGCUAUGCGCUGUUCUGGGGCGGCUUGACUGUGGGGGUGUGCAAUCUUAUCUGUGGUAUUUCCGUGGGCAUCAACGGAAGCAGUGCUGCAUUAGCUGAUGCGUCAGAUCCUAGCUUGUUUGUCAAAGUUCUCGUAGUCGAAAUCUUCAGCUCCGUCCUCGGUCUCUUCGGUCUCAUUAUCGGUCUGCUUUUAUCCGGAAAAGCCAACGACUUUGUUUGA